ACGUGACCGGAAGUAAAUACGGCUCGACAGCGGUUCCCGCGUUUGGCGACUCUUUCAAUCACAAGCGUAAACUUGGAGUAGAAGCCAGGCUUUCCGGAAAUGGAUGACCUUUAUUUAGACAAUAUCGACGAAUUUGUGAAUGAUCAAAAUAAGAUCGUCACCUACAAAUGGCUCAGUUUAACUCUUGGAGUCCACGUCAACAGAGCAAAACAAAUGUUGUAUCAUUACCUGCAGCAGAAACGCAAUGAAAGUUCAGGGACUCCACUUCAUGCCACUUACCUUGUGUCUGGGAAGUGUGUUGAGAAUGGUAGUACGUGCCAUAAAGUGUCAGUAGUACGUGAGGACAAGCUUGAUGCUGUUAAAGCAAAGAUGGCCGUGACUAUCAGCGUGCAUGUAUACAGUGUGCAAAGAGCUGAGCUGAAGGAUAGUUCACCACUUUACAAUACAGAUUAUGAUGCUGUUAAGGAGAACCUUAAAAACUGCAACAAGUACAGUGCGAUACAUUGUGCUGCGGCGGUCCCAGUAUCAUCUGCGGAGCUGCGGAGAGCUCAAGAGAUGGUCCCUUCAGUAGAGAAGGAAAUCAGUAAACCUGGCUUGAAUGAAAACACUUCAGCUAUCUCCAAACCUAGUGCUAAGCAGCCAGCAGGCAUCAUGGGAAUGUUUGCAAGCAAAAAUGCUUCUAAGAGCCAAGAAUCCAGCAAGGAAGUAAAAACAGAGCAGAAAGACGAUUCUUCUCUGGUUGAGACAUCAAAAAGCAAAACAGCCUCCAAAGCAAACCCGAUGAGUAACUUCUUUGGGAAGUCUUCCCAAAAAAAGGCUGAUGAAAAACCUGACAAGAACAUUAAAGAAGAGAUGGACGGCAGCUCAACAACAUCAGCUACUGCAAGUGUGAAACAGUCACGGAUGUCUCCCAAAACUGAGAUCGACAUUAAAGAGGAACAAUCCAAAGUGUCCAAUGCACUGAAGGUUGAAUCACAAGACACUCGGAAUAAAACAAAGCGUCCUGAAGUUUUGGACAGUGACGAUGAGAAAAUGGAGAGCCAGCAGAAGAAGAGACGGCGGAUAAAGAAGCCCCAGCCAGACAGCAGUGAUGAUGAGGUGGUCCCAGAUUCUCCGCCUGUGCCCAGCGUACACACUCCCAGCCCUAAAAAACAAGUGAAGAGAGAGCCUGUUUUACACCAAGAAGAGAGCUCAGAGGUGAAGAGGAGGAAAAGGAGGCGCGUGUUGAAGUCUCGCACAUUUGUUGAUGAAGACGGCGCCUUUGUGACCGAGAAGGGCUAUGUGAGCGAGUCUUACUCUGAGAGUGAAGAGGAGCCUCAACCCAACAGUCAAGCCAAAGACACAAGAUCACUCAAGCAGUCAUUUGGAAAAAAAGAAGAAGAGAAAAAAGAAAAGAGCCAGAAGAAGACCUCUACCACUAACAAACCUACAAAACAGCCAUCCAUCAUGGGAUUUUUUCAGAAGAAAUAACUUUUUUGAUUCGUUCGUGGACUUUGAAAGGAAUAGUUCACCUGGAAAUGCAAACUGCCAUUAAUCUCUUCCAUCCUCAUGUUGUUCUGUAGCAUAGGUCUUUUUCUCUUCUUGAAGUGUCUAUUAAAGAGGGGGAAAAUCCACAGAAAGAAAAACGUAAAGAUGAAGAAAUAACACCUUCCUUUAUUUUUGAGGUUGAAUAUUCCUUUAAGCACUUAAUUUUCAGCAGUGACAUUCUCCAUGAACCACAUUCCCAUAAGUCUCCAUUGCUACGUCGCUCUUCAGAGACAUAAAAACAGGAUAUUUCUGCUUCUAUACGAACAACACUGUGCAGACUGUCCUUUCAACUUCACAUGCUGGAUUUCAGUUCUGGGCCAGUUAUGAUGUCUGUUGUAGUAAGUGUAUGAUCCUGCUGAUCGAGCCGAUUUCUUUACUAUAAGCUAAAGUGCAUAUGGCCGACCACAAAUAAUUCCCAUACUGUAAAGUUUGUGAAGUCUUGUCUAUUUUAGUAUGUUUCUGGUUAAUAAAUCAAAAGAUAAACUGC